AUGUCGACAGGAAAGCGUGGCAAUUGGCGCGAUGCGUAUCUCGACCGCGAGCGGGAUCGAAGCAGGGACGGGCGCGGACAUCGCGACGACCGCGAUCGGUAUGCACGCGACUACGACCGACCCCACGACGACCGGCGUGACUGGAGGCAUGGCGACAAGCGCCGGCGCGACGAUGCUGAGGAGGGCGAAAGUGCCAGCCCCAUCCGUCCUAGUAUGCGCGAGAGCACACGCCGUGCUGAAACUACAUCUCCCCGUCGAGACUUCCGCUCGCCCCGUGCUGAUUUUGAGCGCUACCGCGAGCCAGAGAGACACCGCAGCUUCAGUCGUGACCGCGACCGCGACCACGGCCACCGCGAACCGGAACGGCGUGCGCCGUCACCAAAGAAGGUGAGGUUGGCUGAGCCAAGGCCUGAACCCGAGCCGGAACUGCUUGCAGAGGAUGAGGAAGAGAACCCCGAGAAGAAGCUUGCGGAGAAGCGCCGAAGGCGGGAGGCGAUCAUGGCCAAGUUCCGGGCAGGCGAGGUUGCCAAGCCACCCCUCAGUGCUGUCACCAGUGCCGCAGGGUCACCUAACUCUGCCACGCAGCCUCUUCCGUCUGGAAUUGAGAGCGUCACGAGCAACGGGAUUAACAGCCAGUCGGGUAAGUCGGCUAGCCUUCGUCCCGUAAAGCUGACGACUGGCGCUACCCCUCUCCUCAAGGCGCUUGGUACACGUUCGGUCACCGGCGCACCGAUCAGCGUUUCUGCGCCUGGCGUCAGCGGAGCAGCCACGCCGCUUGGCUCGGAACCAUCCCUCCCCUCCACACCUUUGGGGAAGGACUUUGAUCUCGAGAAGCAUGGUGAGAAGCACGGUGCCGAGGCUGGCGAAGGCGUCUCUGCUGCUGAGUAUGACGACGCAAGAGAUAAGGCGGAGCGCGGUGCGCGCGUCGACCCAGCCAACAAGCCACCACCAGCCGAAGACGAGUGGGAGGAGGUCGAGAUUGAGGUGGACGACGAGGACGACGACAUGGACAUGUUCGCGGCUUUUGGUGACGAGGAGCCCGUCAAGAAGAAGCGCAAGAUCAAAGUGCGCCGGCGUAAGGACGGCACAACAAUCCAAGCGCCGGCUGUGCAGGCCGCGCUCGAGGUGGUCGACAAUGUAGACGACACCGAAGGCUACUACCGCAUCACGCCGGGUGAGAUCCUUGACGACGGGCGGUACCAGGUCACGGUGACGCUGGGGAAGGGCAUGUUCUCGGCGGUCGUCAAGGCCAAGGUCCUUAAGGCUGUGGGCGGUGAGCGCCCGGCGGACGUCGUCGGCCGCGAGGUUGCGAUCAAGCUCAUGCGUUCGCAAGAGAGCAUGUAUGUCGCUGGGCGAAAGGAGGCGCAGAUCCUCAAGCUGCUCAACGACGCCGACCCGGAGGACAAGAAGCACAUUGUGCGGAUGGAGCGCACGUUCGAGCACAAGGGCCAUUUAGCGAUCGUCACCGAGAGCCUGAGCAUGAACCUCCGCGACGUCAUUAAGCGAUUUGGCAAGGACGUGGGUCUCAACAUGCGCGCGGUGCGUGCAUACGCGCACCAGAUGCUGCUCGCGCUGAGUCUCAUGCGCAAAUGCUCGAUCGUCCAUGCCGAUAUCAAGCCGGACAAUGUGCUCGUGAGCGAGAACAAGGCUGUGCUCAAGGUCUGCGACCUGGGUACGGCCGCCGAGGUCUCAGACGGCGAGAUCACGCCCUAUUUAGUGUCUCGAUUCUACCGUGCUCCAGAGAUCAUCCUCGGCCUUCCUUACGACACCGCCAUCGACAUCUGGGCGAUCGGGUGCACGCUCUUCGAGUUGUACACGGGCAAGAUCCUCUUCCCAGGCCGGAGUAACAACCACAUGCUCCUCCUGCAGCAAGAAACGAAAGGCAAGCUACCCCACCGGAUGAUCAAGAAGGCCCAGCUCGGCGCGAUGCACUUUGACGAGAACAACAACUUCCUCUCGGCCGAGACGGACCGCAUCACUGGCGCCGACGUUGUCAAGACGGUUGUCAUCUCCAAGGCGACGCGUGACCUCCGCUCCCGCCUCAUGCCGAGCUCGAGCGUACAGGCCAAGAUGGGCGUCGACGAGCUCAAGCAGCUGCAGCAGUUUGUCGACCUGCUCGACAAAUGUCUCAUGCUCGACCCGGUACGGCGUAUUUCGCCACGCGAGGCGCUGCUCCAUCCCUUUGUGACGGGUCAGCAUGCGCAUGCGUGA